AUGCAAAAGCGAUCGGUUCUUAUGGAGAGUUCUUCUAUAGCUAGAAAAAGAGCGGCAUUCAUGCAAAAAAUUCAUUUCUAUCGAAGAAAUGGUUGGCACAUUUACUUUGUCUACGAGACAUGGUGUGGUGCUAAUAAUCACCGUCAACGCCCGUGGCUGGAAAAGAUUGAGGACAACGUUCGGGAUAAUUUUGAUGUGUACAGCUCUAGCGUACAAGCAGUCAUUGGCUAUCUAGGAGGCUUUCUCGUUCCUUCCAGUGAUAACAAAAGAGUCAUCAUUCUUCACAUUGGCAGCAGGAAUGGAUUUGUAGAUGGCAGUUUGAAAUAUUUCAUUGUUAAAAAGGGGGAGUACGACUACCACAAUGAAAUGAACGCGGAUCAUUUUGAAGAAUGGUUUAUGGGGGUGCUUCACAAACUGCUAUCUAAAUCUGUAAUUGUGAUCGAUCGAACACCCUACCAUACUAUGGUCGAACUUGAACUUCGAAAUCCCGCGACGAGUUAG